AUGGUAGAUUCAUCACAAGGAAAUGAAAAAGUUCAGAGAUACGAAAUAUGGACAUCAGAAGAGAGUAAUGAAUUGCUUAGACUCAUAGUUGAUGUAGCCAAGCGCGGAUGGCAUGAUAAGUCUGGAAAUUUGAGUAAAGUAACUGUAGAGAAACAUAUAUUGCCCUCUCUUAAUGCAAAGUUUGGAACUGAGAAGACAUAUUCUCAAUAUAAAAGUUGUGUAAAAUGGUUUAAGAAGCAAUACGAUAAAUAUGCCAAGCUUAUGCGACAUAACUCGGGCUUUGGCUGGAAUGACGUGACCAAGAAAUUUACUGCUGAUGAGCAUGUGUGGGACGAAUACUUUAGGUCUCAUCCUGGGGAUACGAGUUACAAAACAGACACUUUUUCUGAUUAUGAAGAUCUGAGAAUUGUUGUUGGAUGUGGAACUGCUAUUGGCACAAACUCAAUUGCAAUAGGCGAUGAUGUUGAAGAAACGAUUUUUGAGACGGAAAAAAGAAUGGAAAAUAUUAAUUCCAUAGGGGACCCGAUGCUUGAUCCAGAUUCUGAGGUGUUCGUUAACACUAAUAACCCUCUUGACGAUAUGCCAUUAUCUCCGAUGCACUCUCCACCAUUCGCUCAACACAAAAGUUCAGAAAAACGUCCAUCCAUUCGAAAGCGAAACAUAACUAAUUUUGAAGCAAACCCCAAAAGCACUGCCUCUGACCCUGGCAACCUCACAGAGUCUGUCGACACUAAAGAGUAUAACUGUUGGGGCAUUUUAAAAGAGAUUCCAAACUUAGAUGACGAUUCCCGCUUCAAGGAUGCUAUUGGAGCUAUCGAUGGAACUCAUAUUCCGGCAAUGGUGACUGAAAAUAAUGCCCCAAGUCAUAGAAAUCGCCAUGGGAUUAUUUCACAAAACGUUUUGGUUGCUUGCAACUUUGGUCUAGAAUUCAUUUAUGUACUUAGCGGUUGGGAAGGUUCAGCACAUGACUCCAAAAUACUCAGUGAUGCUUUAACUAGGAAAAAUGGACUCAAAGUACCUCAAGGUAAAUGGUUUCUCGUGGAUUGUGGAUUUCCAAAUCGGCGUCAAUUUUUGGCUCCUUUUCGAGCCGUGCGUCGGGCUCAACCAUCCACGACCGGCCUCCGCACAGAGUGCUUUGAAACUUCAUUUGUCAGAGACAUUGACGUCCUUGGAGAGGACGCCGCCGGGAUCCGAGGUGUUUGGCGACGGCGAGGCGUAAUCUUGGUCGAUGAAUCUCUGAACAAUGCCGUUUCUGUAGACGCGUAUGAAGGGCAGAAUGUCGUAGAGAAUGGGGUCCGCGGAGUUUGGAGCAGUUGCUUGAGAAAGUGA